GAACAGCGGAGUGUCGAGGCAGCUGCUCUCUGCAGGUUUGAUGCCCCGCUCAAAGGCUGGUUACUUGUGCUGACAAUGACGCUGCCUCUCCGCCGUGUAGGGAUGGCCACAACUGGGAACCUCUCUGAAGAGCAGGUGCACUGCUCCAUCUGCCUCGACGUCUUCACCAACCCCGUGUCCAUCCCCUGCGGACACAACUUCUGCCAGACCUGCAUUCUGGGAUACUGGAAAACCAGCCCCUUGUUCCAGUGUCCCAUGUGCAAGAAGUCCUUCCACAAAAGACCUGAUAUCAGCGUGAACACGGUGCUGAGGGAGAUCGCGGAGCAGUUCAAGGAGAUCAGGGUUCGAGGUUUGGAAGGGAAGGUGAGCAAAGAGGAGGAAGAGGAAGAGGAGAGAGAGAAGAAGUGGACGAUGGAGAGAAGGAGAAAGGAGGAUGAGGAGAGGCUUUUGGAGAAAGAUCAGAAGCAGCAGCUUCUGGAGGAGCUGAUGCAGAAGCAGGAGGACGAGAGGAGAAAGAAGGAGUGGUCACGGCAGAAAUCAGAGGAGAAGCCAAUAAGAGAGGAGUUGCCUCCGUUAAUCGCCUCUGCAUCAGCGCCUCAAACCCCUCCUCCACUGUCACCCCAAGCCACAGCUCUGAGACCACCACCUCCACUGCCACAAACAUCUCCUCAAAUCCCUGCUUCUCCAUCCCGUGACACCUCACCUUCACCACUGUCCUCCUCUCUCCUUCAUCCUUCCUGGGAGGAAGUCCUCUGUGAUGUUUGCCUCGGGGAAGACAGGCCCAAAGCGGUGAAAUCCUGCCUCGUGUGUCUGACGUCCUACUGCGAGGAGCACCUGAAAUCUCACACUGCCAGGUUCACCAAGCACAAGCUGAUGGAUCCUGUCGCCAACAUGGAGGACAGGAUGUGUCCGAAGCAUGAAAGGCUCCUGGAGCUGUUCUGCAAGAAGGAUCAGACGUGCGUGUGCGUCCUCUGCACCGAGACGGACCACAGGGCGCACUACACCGUCCCUGUGGAGAGAGAGUGGAUGGAGAAAAAGGCACAGCUGAAGAAGACAGAAAUAGACGUCCAGCAGAUGAUCCAGGACAGAGUCAAGAAGGUCGAGGAGAUCAAACAAUCUGUCGAGCUCAACAAAGCCAGUGCUGAGAGAGAGAUGGAGGAGAGCAUGCAGGUCUUCUCCGAGCUGGUGCGCUCCAUCCAGAAGGCUCAGACUGACCUGAUUGUGGCCAUCGAGGAGAAGCAGAGGCAGACGGAGAGACGGGCAAAAAGCCUCAUCUCCGAGCUGGAGCAGGAAAUAUCUGAGCUGAAGAGGAGGAAUACAGAUCUGGAAAAUGUGGCUCGGACUGACCACAUUAAUUUCUUGAAGAGCUUCCCAGCACUUAGCAUAACUCCACGUGUUAAGGACUGGUCUGAGACCAGUGUUCCCACUGACACGUGUGUCGGCAUGAUCAGGAGAGCCGUGUCCAAACUGGAGCCGACUUUCACAGAAAUGAUUGACAAACUGGCUGAUAGUGAGAUCAAAAAACUUUUGAAAUAUACAGUGGAUAUCACGCUGGACCCAGACUCGGCUAACCCAUGGUUGCAGCUUUCACAGGACAGACAUCAGGUGAGACAUUUGGGAGCGUGGCAGGACCUGCCCGACCACCCUGACCGCUUUGACACGGUGGUCAUCGUCCUGGCCCGCGAGGGCUUCACCUCGGGGAGACAUUACUGGGAGGUGCAGGUGGGGGACAAGGAUGACUGGUACCUGGGCGUCGCCAGGUCUUCCAUCAAAAGAAAGGGCCGGAUCUCAGUCAGCACCACUCAAGGCUACUGGGCUCUGGCCAUGAAGAAAGGCCAGGGCUACAGGGUGUCGACCUCGCCGCCGAUACUGCUCCCACUCAACCCGAAGCCCAAGCGAGUGGGCGUGUACGUGGACUGCGAGGAGGGCCAGGUGUCGUUUUAUGACGUGAGAGCUCGGACUCACAUUUAUACAUUUAAAGAUACAUUCACGGAGAAGAUUCUGCCUUUCUUCUACCUGUACUGCUGCGACAAAGCUUCCGAUACCAUCGUGAUUUGUCCAGUGAAUGAGAAAACCACAAUCAAGUAAAAUUAAGGACACGCAACACUGAAAAGUCCUCGUGAAAAGUGAAAACAGACUGUAUUUUGGAGUAGGUUUAACCUGUCGUAGGGUUAAUCCUGCGUUUUUAUGUCUAUUCAUUACAUGUAUAAUGUAGCUUAGCAAAUCCUUGUGUUGUGCUAAGUUAAGAUGGUUCAACGUUUUAGAAAAUGAUUGUUUAUCUUCUUAAGUUCUUUUAGCUUAGCUUAGCAGACCGACUUGUGUGAAGAGACACAACCGGGCUGCCUACGACGAGAAUGUAGAAUUUUUGGUCAUUAAAUUGUUCUUACAUUUUUAGCUUAAUAUUUAUCUACACAAAUUCCAUUUAUUUGUAUUGCGCCAAUUCAUAACAUACAUUAUCUCAAGGCACUUUACCUAGUAACUUCAAUGUGCGCUAAAUUAUUAUUUUGAGCUAGUUAGCUAUGACUCUUGUGCUGCAGCUAAUGAUUAUUUAAUUCAUCGAGUAAUCGUUUGCUCCAUAAAAUCUCAGACAACGUUAAAAAAUGUUGAUCAGUGUUUGUCAAACCUGGGAAAGAUGAUGUUCUCGAAUGUCUUGUUUUGUCCACAAACCAAAAUGAUUGAGUUUUAAUGAUUUCUUUGUUACAUGGAGCAGAGAAACACAGAAAAUAUUCACAUUUAAGAAGCUAAAACAAGCUUCAAACCAAUUAAU